GCAGAGCGAAGGAGAAAAAAUUAUUAUACAGAUACGUAAAUAACGAAGGGAAGAUCGAAGAAAACUUUUUUCACAGGCUAGCAAAAAUUUCCGAAUCGUGAACAGUUUUCCACGCGAUUUUCUUAAAAGAUUUUUCCGAUAACGGUGAAGGGAAUCGAUUGCCCGUCGGAUUUCGUGUCCCUAGAUUCGUAAUAUCCCGCGGAGGUCAAGCGGAAGACGAGAAGAAAACCAGCCAGCAGCACCAGGCUGACGGAUGGCUGAGUAGAAAAUUUUCUGUGGAGUUAUUUUUUCCUUGUCCAUUCAUCGUCCGCUCUUCUGUGCCGUGGUCGUGGCCGAUCGGUGGGAGGAUUUUUCUGCUUUUUUGAGGAAAACGCUGCAGAUUUUUGCAACUUGUGUCUGCUUUAUCUUUCUUCAAUGAGGAGUGAUUUUCGUUGUUACGGAGAAGGAGGAAAAAAUGUGUCUUUGCGAAGAGAAGUGCUUUUCUAGUUGGCAGUAAAUUUCACGGAAAGAAAAAUCUGAGAAAAACAGAAACCUAAAUUAGGGUGGUGGGAGUGGGAGAGCGAGCGAGUAGUUUUCCCUACUAUCCAUUGAUUUUGGAUCAAAAUAGAAGGCUAUAAUAUAUCCUAUUGGGUUUUAGUAAAUGUUAUCCUAUAGUUAGUGUUUAUCGGUGAGUGGAUACUUAUUCCUACGAAAAAAAAAAAAUACUUGUGCUAAAGUGCUUUGGAUUCGGAAUCAACGGAAGUCCCUGAGGAGAAGAAAAUUAACUGGAAUAAUAAUACCUGGAAGCAACAACAAUGGCGAAUCCGCGAAAAUUCAGCGAGAAAAUUGCCUUGCACAACCAAAAACAGGCAGAGGAGACCGCAGAGUUCGAGCGAAUCAUGCGGGAAGUUUCGGAUGUCACGUCCAAGGUUUCGAGGAGUGUCAAUCUCACCCCCACGCUAGGAGCACUGGGCACUUUUCGAGGCGGCUCGUUGCCCAAUGUCAACAACGAUAACGAUACAUUUCAGGAAAAGGGUGAUGACAGUACCACACUCACAGAGCUGAAGUCCUACACCCAGUUGGAAAAUGUCAAAAUCAAAAAGGAAACACCCAAAGCUGGUACACUGAACCACAGCAGAGAAUCGCGAGGGCGAACACCCGGUCCAAUGAGAAAUCGACAGUCCAGUCGGAACCAUGACACAUCGCCAUACGGUAACAACUCGGUGCAUCUGAUUCCUCCAAUGGAAAAUAAUUGGCAUCGGUCCAUCUCAGAUUCGGCCAUACAUCAGACUCUAUGUCAGCAAAUUCAGCAAGAGCCUCACCUGAACACACACUCACCUUUAACGUUAAGUCCAACAGUUCAAAGAAAGAUUUCAAAUGCUCAAAAUAUCUCCAAAGUUCAUCAUCAUAUAUCAUCAAACCAUCUCGACAACUCAAUCCAUGAUAUACGGUCUCGAUCGUCGACCGGUCUUACGAGGUUACCAGGAAUUAACAUUUAUCCCUCUCAAAAUCACACAGAUAGCAUUCAAAUUCCCAUACCAAGUAAUACGGGUUCACUGCCGGAUUUGACGUCAGUUGGGUAUCCUAUGUACCCGUCACCGUUAGAUCAGGAGUAUGACCAUAAUGCGCAAAGUAGUAGUUAUCCACAGAGUCCGCUUGGUACGUCACCAUUGUCGUUAUCACCCACAUCGGCCAUCCAUAACCACCAUCCACAUCCGCGGCCGAAUAAUUUCGGCGGUGGGGGUGGCGGAGGAGGAGGAGGAGGAAGCUAUCCAAUCCCAACCAGCAGUCAUCCCAACAGCGGCAACGUCAGUCCCAGCAGUAACAACAACAACACCAGUACGACUAACCUUAAUAACGCUACCAAUAACAGCAGUAGUACUGCUAACCAUAACAGUGUUAAGAAUAACAACAAGAAGCCGAAAUCUAGUCAGCCUUUUUUAUCUGUACCAGAUAGCAAUAGAUUUACGUUUAUGUCAAAGGGUAACAACACUUACGAUGUGAGUCAAUCGCCACAGCCACAACCACAGCAGCAGCAGCAGCAACCACCGCAGCAGCGAAUACCAACCCUAGACCAGAUUAAUUACGAUAAUUUUAGUCAAUUAAACGACGGGCUGUCUUCGCCGAAUCAUCAAAAUUCACCCGAAAAUAUAAUUUAUGGAUCUCACGGGAACAUUUCACCGCAUAUGAUGCUAGACUACCGAAAUCGGCCAAGUCCUGGUUCCAGUCCUGGUUUGGUGCUUGCAAAUAAUCUUGACUCAAACUCUAGUGCACCCUGUAGUCCAGUGUCUCAUAGUAUAGGAAGUAAUAACGGACAAUCUUAUGACAAGUAUCCAUCGAAUGAUGUUUAUGUUCAAAACACCCUGCCACAGCACCUGGAACACAUAACCUUGGGAGACAGUUCAUUACCACCGGACUUUGCAGCAAGUCAGCUUGUAUUCGGAACGUUUGAAGAACCAUACCUGACACUUAAUAACGAUCUCAACCUAAGAACGGAUCCAACGCACCGGCAACAAUCACCCCAGCAACAACAACAACAGCAGCAGCAGCAACAGCAGCAGCAGCAACAGCAACAUCAACAACAGCAGCAGCAGCAGCAGCAGCAGCAACAACAACAGCAGCAACAACAACAGCAGCAGCAACAGCAGCAACAGCAGCAACAACAACAACAACAACAGCAACAACAUCAACAACAUCAACAACAGCAACAGCACCCUCAUGUACCGCCCCCACAGCAAUCCCCGCACCUUAACUCGGGUAGUUGUGGUCAGUUGCAGAACAACGUAAACCAUCAGAGUCCUAUGGGCAACCAAACCUACAGUCACAAUCAUAACGGGAGUAACGAACCACUACUUAGUUUGCAAACCGCUCCACAAAUCCAGUCAACCCCCACCACGAUACCAGAAAUUGUGUUUACCGAUUUCUCUACGCGAGACGACUUUGAAGCUGAUCUGGGCCUGGGCCAGAUGGACUUUCAGAGUUUUCAGAUGCUUUCCGACACUGGUGCCAUGAUCGAUCCGAUGGACGAGGAUAGCUUUCGGCGCGAGCUUCAGUGAGACGACGUGCAAGACGAAGUAUGUCGAACCGACGAGAUGACAAGGUUACAAGCUUUCGUUACGUUGCUUUAGUUUGACGACUUUAUUUUUUAACCUUUUGUGAAACAAUCAAAAGAAAAUCUACGUAGUGGUAGAGAGCUUUCUUUCUGAAAGAAGGUAUUAUUUCUCCAAGAGAUGGUUCAUUUCUGUACGAGUCAUGCUUUUAGGAUUAUUGAACGAGAAAGUUAAAGUGCAGUACUAGAAACGGCUAGCAAGUUUUUAUAAGGUUUUAACCUAAGAAGGAACGCUAUUUGAGAUACAAUGAACUUAACGAGUAAGUUUAACUAUAGUGAUAGGGCAAGAAAAGGUGAAUAGUAUAGUCAAGAUAUUGUACGUGAAUGUAAAGAGUGCAUGGACAAUUGUGCGAAUUUUAGAUAGUGUCUUGUGUACGAGAGUGGAAGUAAUAUUUUUUAUAGAUUUCAUAUGGAAGGAAGCACAAAUCAAGACCUUAUAAAGUAUACCUAGGUUUGGCGCAAACAUUUGUUUCAGUGUGGAUCGAUAGAAAUUCCCUACUAAUAUCAUGGUAUGAUAUUGCAAGAUUUACGUUUAGUCGAUUUAUACAUGACCAUUACAUUUAUGUUUUUUUAGAAACCGAACAUAGACAGGAGAUUUUUUUUGUAAAAAAUGUGGACGGUAUGUACACAAACAAGCCUGGUAUUUUAGGUAGAGUGAAAAGAGACGCAUGAAUACUUAAUUUUAUUUCGUAAAGAUUCAUUUAUAAUGCCAACAUUCAUACCGAUUAACGACUGAGAUGUUUUUUCUGAUGCAUGAGUCUCAAUCUUAAGUAUGGAAAACGCUACGGAAUGAUAAUAAUGAAAAUCUUUUUUUAGAUAGAGAUGUAUGCAAAUCAAAAUCCUUCUGAGCCUUCGGUGAGCGAAAUUGAAACGAAUACUACAAACAAGAAUGUAAACACAGUUUGAAAAUGUGUAUUUUUACUGAGAAAAUAAAACUAAGAAGGUAAAUAUCGUAACAUAUCAAAAUCCAUUUUCCCUCUACAGAAAGCAAAAUAAAGAUCGACAUUCAAUAACCGGUCCCCGAAACAAGUACAUUUUAACAAAUAUAGCCAAAAAAGAAAUAAAAUAGAAGUUUGAAUAACAACCAUCCUUCCUACGAUAUUGCUCUCUUUAUCUCUAUCUCUAUCAAAAAUUGCAUUUCUACCUUACGAGCGGUCGUUGACUGUGUUUAAUUCUAUUACUAUUCUCCUACUAGAAUACAUACACCCGCACAUACUGUUACGACCAUUUCUCUCUCUCCUAUCUAUCGUAUAUGUUCUACAUACCAAUUUGUCCUGAAAUCAGCAAAGCAGAAGAAAUAUAAACAGCUCAUACACGCUAAAACUAUCAUAGUACAGAACAACUACAACAUGCAUCUGCAAAACGUAUUUUUUUCCGCAUUACAAUAUAUUUCACAAAUCAGCAUACACUUCAAAGUUCAUUCAAAAUGAGCAAUGGAGCAAUAGUCAUUAACCGAUGAAAGCAGCUCUACCAACAGUUAUUGUUAAUGUUAAAGUAACAAAACUCGGUAAUACACCCUAGCAGAGAGAAAAGAAACGACUUAGAAUAAAUGUGUAAUUAAGAAGACCAACAACAUGUUGUAUAAACAAGUGGUUUUUUAGUUAAAGAUUAAAGUAUCGUUUUCUUCCGUUUUUAUGUCA